CGAACCUGAUUGGCUGCUUCUGAGCGCGCAGACUCACUGGUGAGCGCGAUGUUCAAAUCCACUUCCGCUUUUUUUCUCUGCUAUUUUUUGUUUUGUUUUUUAUUUUUUUCUAAUAUUUAAACCCUCGGUUCGCCUGGAAUGGAGCCUUUAGGUGAAAGUGUGAUGAGGACGCCUCACAACGGCGCUGUGGUUCAGCGGAGGAGCAAAACGCGCAGCUACAGGCGGUCGUACCGCAGCUGCUUAGGCACCACCUCCAGGCUCUGCCUCACGCCGGCGCUGACAACGCGGCGACUCAACGCCAGCAGGCGGGCUGUGAAGCCGCAGACUCUCACCGAGCGAGUGGACCCGGCGCAUCUGGCCUUGUUGGUGAAGUCUGAGUGGCAACUGUCGUACGUUACUCCGCUCUACCAGUUCCGACACACGCAGCUGAAGAGCUACUCCAAACAGCUGUCGGCUUUUAUUGUGGCGGAGAGGCAGCAGGGUUUGGCCGUGGAGGUCAGCGAGCUGCAGAACAGCUACAGGGUCUCCUUGUCUGUGCUUCAGGGGUUAACCGAGUCCGAGAACGACCCUGAAACAGUCCUCAUACAGAUCCACUCAAAGCCGCUAUUUGCGAAGCAGGAUGAGCCUCAGAGGUCCGUGUGGAGCGGCUGGCUCACCUGCAUCCAAGGCAGCCCCGAAUAUCUGUGCUCCCUCUCCAAAGACUUCACCUGCCUGCCUCUUUUUGGCAGCAGGGGGCCUGAAUAUCUGUCCCGCGUGGUCAAAUCCUGGUUCCAAAAGACCUUUGACUGCUGCUUUGGCCCGCUAGAAAUCAACCACACCAGCCUGCAGUGGUUUGUGGCGCUGUGGGUCGACUGCCACUCCCAGUCCAACAUCCAGCACCUCAAAAUGCUGUGGACAGUUCCCGCUGAGCCGCCGCUGCAGAUAAUGUACACGGUGGACCCCCAGGACGCCUGGGAUCUGUGGAAUAGCGUAAAGAAGGAGGAGGCGGCUAAAGAAGCAGAGGAGGUGGGCUGCAUCGAGCUGGAGGAGGUGAGCGGGUACUUGGAGGCGCUGAAGAGCCACUUUUACCGACACUUCCGGCUGGACUUGUCAGCCGGGAUCCUCACGCAGGUCUCCACGGCUCUGGGCUUGGCCAAAGACACCGGCAGGAUCAAGAUGUCUAACAGUCGACACGUCAUCGCCACCCUCACUCUACUGACGGAAUGCGCCCUCCUCAAAAUGCCCAUCUAGAUUUUCUUAUUUUAAAAAAAAGUGUAUUUACUUUUAAACAAACAGCUUUUAUUUCAUAAUCCAAAUUAGCAGAAAUAACGGAAAAUCAUCAGGAAAGUGUCCUCAUAAACAUGCAGGGAGGUUAUCAAUAAACAUCACACGGUCGGGUCUUAUUUAAAUAUUUUUUACUAUGUUUUAUUUGUGUGUAUUCAUUUAACGUAAUCAAUAAAGGCAGAAAACAGA